AUGGAGGAGAUGAGGCUCUUACAACCCUCUAUGAAAACAUCAUAGAAACCAUGCUGUUGGAUUGCAUCAUAGCUUGGUUUAGGAACAGCUCUGGCCAAGGCUACAACAAAUUGCACAGAGUUGUGGGACAUGGCCCGGUCCAUCACACAGAACAGACUUCCCACCAUUGACUGUCAUCAUGCUACCUCGGGAAAGCAGCUAACAUGAACAGAUCAGUCAUUAUCUCUUCUCCCCACUGUUUGACAAAAGAUACAAAAGCUUGAAAAAAGCAAGGCCUCCUCGUUUCUUUGCUCAGCAAUGGCUUGAGGGAGCCUCACGAAAGAGGCAGAAAGAGGAUAACCGGAGAACAGAUUACUCCCGGAGUCGAAUUUUCUGGUGGUGAAGUGUUCCAUUACUGUGACUACUGCAUGGACAAGAAACGUCUCCUUCCCUGAAAAUACCACAGGAACAUGUGACCUGAUGCAAGGGACAAAUACGUCUCCAACAACACAAGCCAGCGACCAUCAGCACUGGAUGCUCUGGUGUUUGUCCGAGUGGUGAUCGUUCUGGUUGAUGGUCGGGCCGGCAACUCACCCACGUUCGCCCAUGCUCGGCCACGCUCGCCCACCCAUGGGCCGCCUCACGGACGGGCAUGAGAACCAGUCGCCAACGCGCCGCCGAUCCUGGGACGUCUGAGCACCUUUGCGCUCCCGGUUUUUAUGGCCACCGAUGGUUUGCGAUGGUGACAUGAAACCCAAGCAAGGUCAAGAGGGGAGAUCGCCAUUCCCGUCGGAAGAUAAGCUGUCGGGCUGAAAACCCAAGGGAAGGGCGUUGCGUGCGUGGGUAAAGCAUGAAUUUGUUGAGCCGUUUCCACCGGGUCUUUCGACAGCUCACUCUGCAAGGAGUUCUCCUGCUUCUCUUUGCCUUCUGUAUGGCCACGGUGUUUAUCUCGGGCUACUUCCUGUACGUGGGCACCAGGCAGGAGACGGAGCCCUCCAGCGACCUCCAGGUCUCGGACUGUGACAAUUCCAGGGUCACCCCUUCCAGGCUGCUCCCCACCAAAGCCUCCAAGCGGGUCGACUCUUCCCGCACGGACCCCGUGGUGCUGGUCUUCGUCGAGAGCAUGUACACUCAACUGGGCCAGGAAAUCGUGGCCAUUCUGGAGUCCAGCCGCUUUAAGUACCACACUGAGAUCGCCCCCGGAAAGGGGGACAUGCCCACCUUGACAGAUGGGGACAGGGGUCGCUUCAUCCUUAUUGUGUAUGAAAACAUAUUAAAGUACGUGAAUUUAGAUGCUUGGAACAGAGAACUAUUGGACAAGUAUUGCAUUGAGUACAGCGUUGGCAUCAUUGGCUUCUUCAAGGCCAACGAGAAUAGUUUGCUGAGCGCCCAGCUCAAGGGUUUCCCACUCUAUCUCCAUUCCAACCUUGGCCUCAAAGACUGUAGCAUCAACCCAAGGUCUCCACUGCUUUACAUCACCAAAGCCAAGGAGAUGGAGAAGGGCUUCCUCCCAGGUGAUGACUGGACGGUCUUCCAGUCCAACCAUUCGACCUAUGAGCCGGUGUUGCUGGCCAAGACCAAGUCGGCGGAGAAGAUCCCCCACAUGGAGGUGGAUGCUGCCCUCCAUACCACGGCGGUCCAGGACCUGGGGCUCCACGACGGCAUCCAGCGAGUCCUCUUCGGAAACAACAUGAACUUCUGGCUCCACAAGCUGGUCUUCGUAGACGCCGUCUCCUUCCUGACGGGCAAGCGAUUGUCCCUGUCCUUGGACAGGUACCUUCUGGUGGAUAUCGACGACAUCUUCGUCGGGAAGGAAGGCACCAGGAUGAAGGCGGAGGACGUGAAGGCGUUGCUCGAAGCCCAGAAUCAGUUCCGGGUUCAUGUUCCCAACUUCACUUUCAACCUGGGAUUCUCUGGAAAAUUCUACUACACCGGGACUGAUGAGGAGGACAAAGGGGACAAUCUGCUCCUGUCCAACAUGAAGGAGUUUUGGUGGUUCCCCCACAUGUGGAGCCACAUGCAACCUCACCUCUUCCACAACCAGUCAGUCCUCGUCGAGCAAAUGCUCCUCAACAAGCAGUUUGCAGUGGAGCAUGGAAUCCCCACGGAUAUGGGCUAUGCGGUAGCUCCCCACCAUUCUGGAGUCUACCCUGUACACAUGCAGCUGUAUGAAGCCUGGAAGCUGGUCUGGGGCAUGAAGGUGACAAGCACUGAGGAAUACCCGCACCUGAAGCCGGCACGCUUCCGACGGGGGUUCAAGCACCACGGCAUCAUGGUUCUGCCCCGUCAAACUUGCGGUCUUUUCACGCACACUAUAUUCUACAACGAGUACCCUGGAGGACCAAAGGAGCUGGACAAGAUCAUCAACGGUGGAGAGCUAUUCCUCACCGUCCUCCUCAAUCCCAUCAGCAUCUUCAUGACGCACCUGUCCAACUAUGGCAACGACCGGCUGGGACUGUACACCUUCAGGAAUCUGAUCAGCUUUGUGCAGUGCUGGACCAACCUGAAGCUACAGACCCUGCCUCCUGUGCAGUUGGCCCAGCGAUACUUCCAGCUCUUCCCCGAGGAGAAGGACCCUUUCUGGCAGGACCCAUGUGAAGAUAAAAGACACAAAGAUAUCUGGAGCAAAGAAAAAACAUGUGACAGACUGCCAAAGCUUCUUAUUAUUGGCCCUCAAAAGUCAGGUACCACGGCACUCUAUCUUUUCCUCACUAUGCAUCCGGACAUCACCAGUAACACUCCAAACGCUGACACAUUUGAAGAGCUGCAGUUUUUCAAUGGGCCGAACUACCACAAGGGUAUUGACUGGUACAUGGACUACUUUCCGAUUCCCUCCAACACCACCUCGGACUAUUUCUUCGAGAAGAGCGCAAACUACUUUGACUCUGAUGUGGCGCCGAAGCGGGCAGCGGCCCUGUUGCCCCUAGCUAAAAUCAUCAGCAUCCUGAUCAGCCCCGCUGACCGUGCCUACUCCUGGUACCAGCACCAACGAGCCCACGAUGACCCGGUGGCCCUGAGGUACAGUUUCCACGAGGUGAUCACUGCUGGACCCAACACCGCCCCGAGACUGAGAGCUCUCCAGAACCGCUGCCUGAUUCCAGGCUGGUACGCGAUGCACAUCCAACACUGGCUGAACUACUACCACACCAACCAGCAGAUCCUCGUCCUUGACGGGCAACUCCUCCGGACGGAACCAGCAACAACAAUGGAAAAAGUGCAGAAAUUCCUGGGCCUCCAGAAUGUCGUUAAUUACCACAAGUUUUUGGUAUUUGACCCCAAGAAAGGUUUCUGGUGUCAGCUCUUGGAGAGCAAUAAAACAAAGUGCCUGGGCAAGAGCAAGGGGCGGAAGUACCCCGAGAUGGACAAUGAUUCCCAGGCCUUUCUGAGAGAGCAUUACAGAGACGCCAACAUUGAACUGUCUAAGCUCCUGUACAAACUGGGCCAGACCCUACCAACGUGGUUGAGGGAAGAACUCCAAAACAACAGGUAGUUACCAGAGCUGGCACGGUGCUUCCAACUCUGCCUCGAGGACAUCGAGCUGUGAUCCCACUCCAUCCAUCUUCAUCUUCCAAGGGCCAGGUCCCGACGUGUCUAACCGAGCCUCCAGAGACUUCUACAGAAACAUGGAGGGUGGGAUUCUGACCCUGGAGAUCCUGGCACCCACCAUUUCAGCACUGACUGGGUUCUCGUGAACAUCAUCAAACAUUUCCAUCUCGUGCUCCCUCAGGAGUGGUCUAGAUAUUGGUUCCUCAAGACAUUGAUGAAUCUCAUCCCCAUCCACUCCUGAGCUGCUGAGAUACACGAUAAUUGUUCAGUUAUGGUCUCCUCUUAAGGGACAGCUCAGUCUCUGACGUUGGAGAUCGCAAGAGUUCAACGCGAGGAGAUAUAUUUGCUUCUCCAACAUGGUCCAUGCUGCAAUUUCAACCAGGGAGGGCUCUUGUCUUCUUCUCCUCCUCCCUCUCCUCCCAUCCCAAUCACUUCCAUCCCAUCCACCCACAUCCCAACUACCCCCAUCCCAAUUAUCCCAUCCCAAUUAUCCCAUCCCAACCACUCCCAUCCCAACCACCCCAUCCUAACCACCCCAUCCCAUCCACCCACAUCCCAACUGCCUCUAUCCCAACCACCCCAUCCCAACUAUCCCAUCCCAUCCCAACCACCCCAUGCAUGACGUAGCUUAGAAGAAGUUGUCUCAACAGAGUUUCAAUGGAUUGACUCCCCCCACCAAGGAGCUUGUGUGUUGAAGACUAUCGCACUUGUCCUACCACAAGGGCUUACAAUGGGACAGGAGCAUGGGGACUCCUUGCAACAGGGGGCCCCGAGCGAAAGUGGGAGUCGGUAAACUACCAGACAAGAGCCCUUCUGCUAAAGGGCACCAACAGAUGCACUCUAGGACCAGGCUGGUGUAGAGAAACAAAAUGACCACUAUUUCCCUACUCCCACCUGUAACAUUGCCACUAAAGACAAGUAGUCUAAUCUCCGCCCCUCGUCCUCCUCGUUAGGUUUAUAUUCACGUUUAAACAACCAAUGUGACUGUUUUACAGAAAACUAUUGCGGACUAUUUGAGAUUGGUGUCCACAGAACCUUUCUAAUGUCCGGUGACUUUGAACCAGUGACUUGAUGUAAUUACUCUGUGUGAAGAGUGCAUAUCGUUUUGGGGACAAAGACUAAUUUAUCUUCCCAGUCAAGAUUCACCCUCAGUCUAGUGUUCAGAGCUUUCACAGGGGCUUGUCUCAACCCCUGACAGGUCUUCGAUUGAAAUACUUUUUGCAUUCUCCCCCCCAAAAAAAAAGAUUGCCUCAUUCCGCACAAGCAUUUGAACGAUUGCUCAGAUCAAAGAAAAAGACCCAUGAGAAUGUUGAGCCUAAGCCUUCAUACAGCGCUGAAGGUAGAUGGAUGAUGUUGAAUUAUUUUACUGUACCAGAGGUGACUUACAAUUUAUUUAAUGUACAAUGGGACCAAGCACGCCACAGUGGGAAAAUUAUUUUUGGCAAUAUUCUGUGUGUGAAAUCAUGAGGGGAGUAGAUAGGGAGAAUGCACCGAGUCUUUUACCCAGUGUAGGGGAAUCAAGAACCAGAGGACGCAGGUUUAAGGUGAGAGGGGAAAGAUUUAAUAGGAACCUGAGGGGCAUUUUUUUACACAGAGGGUGGUGGGUGUAUGGAACGAGCUGCCAGAGCAGGUAGUUGAGGCAGGUACUAUAUAUAACAACAUUUAAAAGACAUUUGGACAGGUAAACGGAUAGGAAAGGUUUAGAGGGUAUGUGGUAAAUGUGGGCAGGUGGGACCAAUGUAGAUGGGGUCAUCUUAGCCGGCAUUGGCAAUUUGGGCCGAAGGGCCUGUUUCCGUGCUGUAUGACUCUAUGGCAUUAUUUUACUUAAUGCAGUCAAACAGGGCAUUUUAAAUGGGCGAAAGGGUCGGCAUGGGCAUGGUGGGCUGAAGGGCCCGUUUCUGUGCUUCACCACCAUGACACAUGGAUGUCCAGAGAAACACUUAAAAGACCUGACACCUUCAUAGGUUCAGAGAGACAUGGGCCAAACGUGGGUACUAGCAUAGAUGGAGCAUUUUGACAAGUCAUUGAGUAUUUCUAAGGCGGAGAUUGACAGGUUUAGUAAGGGUGUCUGUGGUUACAGGGUGAAGGCAGGAGAAUGGGUUUGAGAUGGAAUGAUAGAUCAGCUAUGAUUGAAUGGUGGAGUAGACCUGAUGGGUUGAAUGGCCUAAUUCUGCUCCUAUGACAUGGUAUGAAUCUCAAUCAUGUCCACAAGAGUCUGGUGGUGGGAGUACUAUUGUUGUGUGCGAUGGUCUUGACUAUGGACAACACCUUGGGCUGACCAGAUGCUCUCUCGUUCGAUGAGGUUGCUGUAGGUUAUGGCGACAACGGUAUGAGGAGUGUGCAGUGAAGACUUUGUCCUCGGGCAGGCAAAUGUACCGAGAGAAACCUGACGUACGGGUAACGGAGAGAGAAGAUGGUUCCCAUGGAAAGCCAACGUUACCACCUGCUGAUCAACGGUCCUUCUCUCUGGAUGAACUCUGGGAACGGGUCCUCUUUGAAGGAUUCCGUAGCUGCUUCUUUGCGAUAAAUAUUCCCUCCCACACACCCUUCCCCACAACGGACAACGGUGUAUGUGAACACCUCACUCAAGUACAUCUUCUCUGUCACUGGAUCUGUGUUUAAGAAACAACAAGCAAUGAAAAUAACAUGAAAGUUGAAGUUUACACUGUACAAAUUUUUGGAAAAACCAUUGUAUUGGUAAUUUAUUAACAAAGUGUUAUAAAUCUGUAAUUUUAAAUACCCUAUAAUUUACUCACCAGCUAUAAGGAUAAUACUUUUACCAUUGAAUGAAACAGAGUAACAGGA